AUGAGGAUUAAUCAAGCUCGAAUCAUCUUUUUACUUAUCCUCGCGAUAAAUCUAUUAUGGUGUUCAAAUGCUAAUAAUUCUACCUCGUCUGAAAAGAGCCGGCUGAAAAUUCUGGCAAUCUUUCCUCAUAUGGGCAAGAGCCAUUUCUUCGUAUUCAAACCUCUCAUCGAAGAGUUAGCACGUCGAGGCAACGAGUUAACGGUGAUUUCUUAUUUUCCGAGGACCGAGAAGAACGAACAUCUUCCCACUUACAAGGAUAUCAGUUUGGUGAAUAAUGAGAGUGACGUGUUUGUAAACGUUGUCGAUUUGAAAGAAUUUGAACAGACGAUUUAUAUAUAUAAAUAUUUUAUGAAUAUAUACAUGUUGUACAACAUGAAUUCCAUAGCCUGUGAAAAUUUAAGGCAUCCAGCUGUAAAGGAACUGGGCGAAAAUGGGGAAAAGUUCGACUUGGUGCUGAUAGAGAAUUUCAAUACUAAUUGUUUCAUGGGCCUUGUGCACAAAUUGAACGUGCCCUUCAUAGAUAUAUCUACCCAUCAGCCAAUGCCGUGGGCUAUACAUAAUUUGAGACUUCACAACGAAGCCAGUUUCAUACCUAUGGUAUUGACCUCGAUUCCAAAACCGAUGAAUCUUUUUCAUCGAACGAUGAACACGUUAUCGUUUUAUGUCUCAACCGCGCUAUAUUACACAUUUUUCCAUUGGAAGGAUCAAUCUAUAGUUGAAGAAAUUUACGGCCCGGAUAUUCCGAAUGUGAUAACGAUAAACAAGAACACGUCCCUUUUUUUCAUUAACACGCAUUACACCCUUCAAGGUGGCAUCUCGUAUCCGCCGAAUACCAUCGAAGUGGGCGGAAUUCACAUUGAAUCGAAAAGAAAACCUUUGCCACGGAACAUAGCCAAGUUUCUCGACGAGGCUCACGAGGGUGUUUUGUAUUUCAAUCUCGGCUCGAUGAUCAAAAUGUCUACGAUGCCGAAGAAUAAAUUGAAUAUAUUGAUCAAAGUGUUUCGUUCCAUUCCUAGAAAAGUGAUUUGGAAAUGGGAACAGGAUGACAUUCCGGAAUUACCUGGUAACGUCAUGGUCCAGAAAUGGCUGCCUCAGUACGACAUAUUAAAUCAUCCGAACGUCAAGUGUUACUUCGGCCACGGUGGCCUCCUCGGUUUGACGGAAGGUGUUCAGAGCGGGGUACCGAUGAUACUCAUGCCUUUCUACGGUGAUCAAUAUUCGAACGUUGCUGCGGCUCAAACUAGAGGCGUCGCUAUAAUCCUGGAAUUCAACGAUUUCACCGAGGAAAAGCUGAGAGACGCCGUGGAUCAAAUAUUCAAUAACACCAGGUAUCGAGAGAACGCCAAGAGGCUCUCGAAAGCUUUUAAGGAUCGGCCGGCCAGCCCCCUGGAGACAGCGAUAUGGUGGGUCGAGUACGUGGCACGUGGGAACGGUUUGCCGUACGUGAGAAGCGAGGCGGUAACCAUGCCCUGGCACGAACGUUACCUCGCCGACGUGCACGCCGUCCUCCUACUGCUCUCUUUGCUCGUCCUUUACGCCCAAUACAGGGUGGCAAAAUACGCGUUUGCCUGCGUUCUUUCGAGAUCGGGGAACGUGGGUGGUAGUGGUGGUAAAAGGCGAGCGAGCCUUCUCUCUAAGAAGAGAGAUUGAAGUCUUGGAAUAAUGAAUAAUGCGAGGAGACGCAUCUCGCGAGAUGGAUACGAUGAUGGAUGGUGUUUGUAAAGCACGUAUACGAGACUAUACGAACGCGAGAGUAUACGAAUGGAAUAGAAGAAAAACAAUCGUGCAAUAUUCUUUUCCUUCCUUUUAUUUCUUCCUUUUCUUUUCUCUUUUUUUUUUUUUUACCCUAAGAUUCUCUCCAGUUUUUCGGAAAACUAGCGAGUCGUUCGUUCGGAACGACUAGCUCCUCCUCCUCCUCCUUCUAUUCGAGGCGAAUUUCGACCUCGAGUAUUGUUUGGAUAAUAAGCCAAUCACGGAGCCUUUUUCAACGCUCGCUCGCCCGAUAAAUUAAAUCAUCAACGUCUGGAGGCGGCGCGUGUUCGUAAUUCCGAUUACGCUGCCCGACAGACCCCGCAAGUCUGGCCAAUUUUCGCGGAUGCUCCCUCCCGCUCGUCCAACUUCUUUACAAGAAAGGAAGGAGAAAGAGACAGCGCUGGAAAGGGAGAAGACGACAGCGUUGCGAAAAAAAGGAGAGGAGAGCAACUUUGGAGAAAGGAGGAGAGCUUUGCGGGCAUUACCCGGUAUUUCCCAGGUGGCCGAAUCACCGACUGCGUCAACUGGCUUCGGUUCCCGCAACAACGGCAAAAGGGAACAACGAGGCUUUACCGCGACAAGGAGGCGGCUGCAUUGGUUGUGGAGCCGCGUUCACAGAUAACACGGAAUCGACGGUGUACCGUUUGGAACGAAGACGGUUGGAGAAGAAAAAGAAAACUAGCUCGACGACGACGACGACGACGACGACAACAAAGAUGGAUCGCGUCCAACAUCGGUGGAU